GCUGUUGCUGUAGAUGGGGAUCCCAGCGGCACGUUGCUGCUAUUAGAAGAUCAGGCGCUUGCAAGACCAAACAGAAAAUUGCGUUCUCACUUACAUUUUUUUUUGUGCUGCAGCAUCCACAUAAGCGGUGCAAUGCGGUAGAUCAUGUAGACCGAGUUCUUUUUUUUAUUUACUUUCAUUUUUAUUUAUUUUUUACUUUGCGGGAUACAAACUCUCUGGUCCUGCGGCGUUUCAUUCAUAUCUUUUGUGAUCAAGUGCGAACUUUGUGAACUCUCUGAAAUUAUAUAACAUCGAACAUAUAUCGUGGAAAUCACCAUGAGAAUAGGGGGAACGCGAUGAAUAGGCGAGUGUGAUCGGGAUCGAAUCUGCAGCGUCGGAGCCGGGGGAAGCCAUGCAGCUCCAGUCUGCAGCACAAUGCAAGGUGUCCGGCUUCAUACUGAAUGAAAGAUGCACCCUGUCUUCAAAAAUGGAAGUCCACCGUGAGCAGAGUAUCUGUCAGGCGCGGGCUGCUGUCAUGGUAUAUGACGACGCCAAUAAGAAGUGGGUUCCGGCUGGUGGAUCUACAGGCUUUAGUCGAGUCCACAUCUAUCACCACACUGGCAACAACGCCUUCAGAGUAGUGGGCCGUAAAAUUCAGGACCACCAGGUGGUAAUAAACUGUGCCAUUCCCAAGGGGCUGAAAUACAACCAGGCCACACAAACGUUUCACCAGUGGCGAGAUGCACGGCAGGUGUACGGCCUUAACUUUGGCAGCAAAGAGGAUGCCAAUGUAUUUGCCAGUGCCAUGAUGCAUGCCCUGGAGGUGCUGAACUCUCAGGAUGCAGGCCCCCCGAUGCCAAGACAGACCCCUCAGGUGCAGAAUGGCCCAUCACCAGAGGAGCUGGAGGUGCAGAGAAGGCAGCUGCAGGAGCUCCAGCGUCAGAAGGAGCAAGAGAGGGAACGACUGGAGCGCGAGCGGCUAGAACGGGAACGGCAGGAACGAGAGAUGCUGGAACGGGAACGUGCCGAAAGGGAACGUCAGGAACGGGAGCGUCAGGAGCGAGAGCGGCUGGAGAAGGAACGUAACGAGCAGGAACGCCUGGAGCGUGAGCAUCAAGAGCAGGAGCAGCUGGAGCGAGAACGCCAGGAACGGGAGCGCGUCGAGCGGGAGCUGAUGGAGAGAGAGCGUGCCGAGAGAGAGAAGCAAGAAAGGGAGCACCAAGAGCAGCUGGACAGAGAGCAGAUGGACUGGGAGAGAGGGAGACGCAUCUCCAACGCCGAGCAGGAGCAGCUGGAGCGAGAACGCCAGGAACGGGAGCGCGCCGAGCGGGAGCUGAUGGAGAGAGAGCAUGCCGAGAGAGAGAAGCAAGAAAGGGAGCACCAAGAGCAGCUGGACAGAGAGCAGAUGGACUGGGAGAGAGGGAGACGCAUCUCCAACGCCGCUCUUACCUGGCAGCUGCAGGAGCUCCAGCGUCAGAAGGAGCAAGAGAGGGAACGACUGGAGCGCGAGCGGCUAGAACGGGAACGGCAGGAACGAGAGAUGCUGGAACGGGAACGUGCCGAAAGGGAACGUCAGGAACGGGAGCGUCAGGAGCGAGAGCGGCUGGAGAAGGAACGUAACGAGCAGGAACGCCUGGAGCGUGAGCAUCAAGAGCAGGAGCAGCUGGAGCGAGAACGCCAGGAACGGGAGCGCGUCGAGCGGGAGCUGAUGGAGAGAGAGCGUGCCGAGAGAGAGAAGCAAGAAAGGGAGCACCAAGAGCAGCUGGACAGAGAGCAGAUGGACUGGGAGAGAGGGAGACGCAUCUCCAACGCCGUGACUUUUCUGAGUCAUAUCUUGGAGAAUUCUGCUUUUUGGUCUCUGCUGGUUUUCUUGCUUCAUUUGCCCCCUUUCUCUCUUCUGUCUCCUUCCUCCCAGAAACCCCCCUCGCCCAUCUCGGCACCCAACGGGCCGCCCACCUCGCUUCACUUCCAUGCCUCAUCACCUGUGUCGAGUCAGCCGUUUUCUUCGCCCCCAAUGCCACCCCCUCCGCCGCCACUGUAUUCCCCCUCACCCACCUUGCCCAUCACUCCUCUUGUGUCUUGUCCCUCACCCCAGCCUGCUGUUCUCCCUUCUCCUUCCACAGCCUUCCCUGCCUCUGCUGAGCACUCUGUAAACUCUGGGUUGGGAGACUCCUGCUCUUCUGCUCCAGAGCUGCCCACUCAGCCUGCUGACUUCCCCAGCCAGCCGGAUUCAGUACAGGGGAUACCAACCCCUCCACCCCCACCACCCCUCCUGCCUCCAACCUCAGGCCAGGCUCCUCCACCAGCACCAGCACCACCUCCACCCCCGGCCCCACCUUUGCCCUCGGGUCUAUUCACCCCCUCGCCCACCACAGAGGAGAACAAGGGUCUGUCUGGGCUCGCAUCCGCCCUUGCUGGAGCCAAGCUAAAGAAAGUGCCAAGGAGUGAUGAGCCCCUGGCAGGAUCUGCGGUGAGUUCUGGUGGUGCCAAGCCUGAGGCAUCCCGUGGAAAUGGUCUUUUACCUGGAGGAGGAGGUCUGAUGGAGGAGAUGAGCGCCCUGCUGGCCAGGAGGAGAAGAAUUGCUGAGAAGGGAUCAUCGCCAGAGCCUGAGCAGAAAGCUGAUGACAUUGAGGCUACCAUAACUCCAAAAGUGUCAGCCUGUAGCACACCAGAUAUGCCCAGAAAGCCUUGGGAGAGGACAAACACCAUGAAUGGUAGCAAAUCACCAGUCAUUGGAAGACGGGACACACCAUGGAGAAAUCAGAUGGGUACUGACAAGUACUAUGAUUCCUUAAACAGACCAAGGUCUACACCAACUCCUACCGGAUCCAUAAGUGCCAAUGGGGUGCCAACAGAAGCUCUUGACUAUGACAGAUUGAAACAGGACAUUCUAGAGGAGAUGAGGAAGGAACUAGCGAAGCUGAAAGAAGAACUUCUUGAUGCAAUCAGGGAGGAGUUGGGCAAGUCAAACUCUGCAUAGGAGGAUGAGAUGCACCUGUAUUUUUUAUCCACAGUCUGUCACUUCAGAGGUCAGCUUCAGUUUAAGACACUAUCUCAAAAGCAAUGAAAAUGGAAAAUUACAGUUUUAACCAGUGGUGAUCACAAUAACCAUGAUAAAUCUGGAUCUGUUGAGUACGAUGCCGGGACAGACACAAGUUUUGAGCGUGGGGGCACAAGAGGCGUAACAGCGAGAGGAUAACCAGAUGCCUCAAAGCGACGCCAUACACCAAAAGCCCCGUCUUGAAGGGGGUCAGGACAUAGUCUUAAGGAAGUGACUGUCAGUAUGCAAUGGAUGACUCUUACUGUGGAAAGAAAAUGACGAAAAAAGACAAACUAUUACUGAAUUACAUACUGUAUUAACCAUCGAAGAGUGAAAUUGUAAAACAAGCAGAUGACAUUCAUUUUACUGCACAUUGUUUAGCAAAGGGCAGGCUUUGUUUAUGAAUUUAAAAGGUGGUAGUGGUGGCGGUGAAGUAACAUUAAGUUGGCCUUGUAUAGAGCAAAACCUUGAAUCUGGCCAACCAAAUGAGUAUGGUCUAUUGCUGCAGGACUCUAAAGCUUGUCUUCCUACUAUUUUAACCAGAAUAUGUACAUUAAAAUGACAACAAAAUAAACAUUAUACCUGCAAGUCAUUCAGUCAAGCUGUUCUAAUGUAUGCCAUGACCACAUCAGGUAGCUUACUUGCUCUUUUGGACAGUUUUCAUUAUUAUUCUCUUUUCAAAAGUGAAUGCUCGACAGGCUGUCUCUAACGAGCCACUGUUAUCUGUAUACCUUCGUCUUGUGUGUUUGCUAAGUGUUCAGAAAGAUCACGAAGGACAAUGCCUUUCUACUGUACAUCAUUGUAGCUCUCUACCAAAAUCCUCUCAGCCAAUCGAAGUUGAGGUUGAUGUCAGCGUCAGCUCAGACCGUAUCUGUAGAUAGUGCUAACCAGAAAUACUAUGAACUUUUUAUUCACCGUAGGCUCUUUUCGUAUUUCUUUCGAUUUCAGUGCAUGUCGUCUUAUGAUUGGUAAGGGAAAAAUGGUUGCCACGAAAAAUAAUUUUCUUUUCCGUUCAUAAGCAAUAAGUGUAGCAUUUGUUACGCAUAUUUCUCUCUCUGUCUCUUCUUUUUUUCUUUAAUCAUCCACUCUGCCCUCAAACUGUGGAUGAAUGAUGUUCUCCAUACGCAGUUCGCAACGGACACCUCUUUAUAGCCAUAAUAAAUUUUCAGGGGUUUGACAUUUUACUUUAUUUUGGGAUUCAAAGAUGUGAAAGAUCAUGUAUGGCUACUUAUUCAUUUUGCAUGGUGUAUUUACCAACUAAAAAAAAGUCUGGAAUAUCUAAUGAGGGCCAAGCAACACGUAACAGCUUUUUGAAUGGUUUUGGGAUUUUUUAUUGAUUUUUUUUUACCAAUCAAUUUAUUGUUUAUCCCUUUUUCUGCACACUGGAAGGCACUUGGCUCUGUUUUUCACAAGGGCUUUAUCUUCCAACACGCUUUUGUUAGGGAACUUUAUUGGGAAGUAUGCUUUUUAAGACCGAAAUCUUUGUAAAAAAAACAUGAAGUGUGAUUAUAGGCUGUGCGAAUUUUGAGGAGAAUAACUGAGAACAUGAAUUUGUGACGUUCUCUCUGAACAGAUUUUUCCUCUGUUAUCCAUUUCCCCCCCGCUAUGCUCACUCGUCAAUCCUUUGUAAUUCCUUUUCACUUUAAAAUCAUCACUCAAAAUAAUCUCUCAAGGAAUCGGAAAGUUUGUAUAGAGUGUUUACAGCAUUGAUUGCACUUUAAAAACCCUGUAGAAGUUCAAAUGAUUCUAUUGCUGACGAGACAGCCGUCAUUUUGUGAUCGGCACUAUCACCAAAGCUAAACGGUAAUCUAUAGAACGUCACAAUCUCCUGAUCCACCUAUGUUUUGACAAUAAAUAACUAUUGUUGAUUGGUCUUUAGGUUAAGCAGGUAAAAUGUUUUGAUCAAGGUUGAUUCAUUCCUGGAUAAACCUGUUUGUGAUCUUCAUGGUUUGUGCCUUGUUCGGAAAUUGCAUUUGAAAUGUCAAACAUUUAAAUGCGUAUAUAUAGAGAGUAUUAAUUUAGGGCCUGCCAUAACUUUAUUCAUUUGUUUUGCAUUUUGCUUCAGUGAGUUGCAAAGGACGCUUUUACGAUCUUGGUUUAAAAUCAAACAUCCAUUCACAUUCUCCUCUCAGUGUCAUUUUUCUGUUGCAUUACAGUGUGGUUUGUGUUAUGGUUAAGACCACGUAUGCUGGUGGGAUCUGAGAAACUGAUCGUUGUCCUCGUGGAAAUCAGUUGAACAAGCAAAAUGUUGAUGCUGUUGUCAGCACACUGAGACUCGAUUAUGAGCGGACCGUGCUGGUUAGAUUCAGCUGAAUGUCCUUGUAAUGCAAUUUUCAGUUUCCAUAUCUUUCUGUUCUAUCGUUCAUGUUGUACCAUACUGUUUUCAUGUUAAUUAGAAGUUUCUUACAUGCUAACAUUUGUUUUGUUUGAGCAAAUUAAAUAAA